AUGAUGCUCGACAUCAAAGGCCACCUCCUUUCCAUGGACACAAAUUGUCAAGCUAGUGAUAGAGACAAAGCCUUGGAAAGAUUGGAAUCAGCGGAUUUUAGGAAACUGCUGAAUAAUCCUUAUGUGACUGAUCUCGGAGACCGCGUUUUUGAAUUUCUUGAGAAAAAUCCAAAUGUCUUCAAGAUCAAUCCGGAGUUCCUGCAAGAUCCCAAAAUCCGAAGCAAGUUGAGCUCAUUGAUUAAGGACUUAUUAACAGCUGCAAGAGGGAACAUAAAGCCAAAGCUAUGGAUGAGUAUCCAAAAGAAACAAGAUAUUUCCAUACUGACAAAAUCUCUCAUUCCGCCGAGAGUGAUGGAGAUCACUCUGGCCCACUGGGCCAGAAUUACUUUCAUGUGCGCCUUGCUAGUGGAGUUCCGCAGGAUUGUUGCCUCACAAGGCUCCAGUCAAGACACAGCAGCUGCUGAGCAACAAGAAGCUGGUGGCCAUAAUAGCACAACUGAUCAAUCUGAACACCGACCGAUGACUCCAAACAGCGAGCAAGAUGCAGAAGAGACAUGCACCCCCCAUGUGUGGAAAGACGAGCAGUUCUGGGUAUAUGUAGACCAGCUGCUUGAAGAGUUGCGGGAGUUUGCGAAGAAGGGUACCGCGUCCACCGAGGAAUGGGAAGAUAACAUGAAAGACUUCUUUACUGAGAGUCUCCAAGUUGACAUGGCAACUUACGCUGAGCCAGGAAGACUCGUCCCUACAGUUGACUCAGUGAGUAUCGAAUGGCAGAGGAUGAUUCAUGCUCAGUUGAUUUGGUGA